AUGAACGAGGGCAGUGCCGGCUACACCAAGCAGCAGUUGCAGGACGCCCUCAUCAAGCUGCGCGCCAGCCUCAACGUCUCCAGCUACGACCAGGGCGCCACCAUCUACCUCAGCGCCGAGCGCGACACGCUGCUGCCCGGCGCUGCGCGUGGCGGCCGAUGCGCUGCGCCAUCCGCUGUUCCCGCAGGACGCGUUCGACCGCGAGAUCCGCGCGGCCAUCGCCGGUGUCGAAGCCUCGCGCCAGGAGCCCGGCGUGCUGCGCCAGGAAGCCACGCGCGGCCACUACAACACAGGCCCGCGGCGGCGACGACGCUGGACGACGUGAAGCGCUUUCACGCCGACUACUGGUCGCGCGAACGACGCGCAGGUCAGCGUCGUCGGCGCGCUGCCGGACGGCCUGGCCACGGAGGUGGAGCAGCUCUUCGGCGACUGGAAGAAGCCCGCGGCGCCGAAGUUCGUGCGCCACAUCUCGCAGCACCUGGCCGUGCCGCCGGCACGCUUCGACGCCAUCGCGCGCGACAAGGCCAACGCCAUCGUGCGCCUGCACCAGACGCUGCCGCUGAACAGCGAAGGACCGCCGACUACGCGGCGCUGGAACUGGCCGUGCAUAUCUUCGGCGGCGGCGGGCUGGAGAGCCGGCUGUCCGAGCGCGUGCGCCAGAAGGAAGGCCUGACCUAUGGCAUCGGCGCGUCGCUGGGCGCCAGCUACUGGGGCACGGCCGGCAGCUUCGCCAUCCAGGCCAGCUACGCGCCGGACAAGCGUGAUCGCGUGAUCGCCGUCGUGCAAGGAAGAAGUGGCCCGCAUGGCCGCCCGAGGGCGUGA